GUAUAAAUACCGAUCCGGAGCCUAAUUCUCCUCAACAUUCGUUCCAACUAGCCUAAGAAGUUAUACACCAGCCGCUAACCUAACUUCUCCCGACCCGGUACUAUGCUGAAGUACGUUGUGAUCCUCGCUUUGGUGGGCGUCGCCCUGGCCCAGAAGUCAAGCGUCAAGGCCAAGGCCAGCAGUGGAGCAACCUUCUCGCAUCAGUAUGUCUUCGACUGGACCAAGGUGCUGACCAAUCCCGAGAUCUUUGCCCUCCUGGCUCAACGUGAUGUCGUAUGGCCGCAACGAUACGAAUACGAUAUCCCUGCCCCUAGCUUCACUUGCUCCGAUAAGCAGUACCCUGGUUACUAUGCCGAUCCCGCCACCAAGUGCCAGACUUUCCAUCGUUGCGACAUCAACGGCAACAUGACCAGCUACAUCUGUGUCAACCGAACCCUCUUCAACCCGAUCACCCUUAUAUGUGACUACUGGUUCAAUGUUGACUGCGAUGCUUUCAUCAAGGAUGAGAACUUUGCCAACCGUCGCCUGUACACCAGCGAAGUCCUCUUCGAUACCCCAGGCAACAACAACCAGGGUAGCGCUUCUGGUCCUAACGGUAACUGGGUGUGGGUGGAUAACGCUGGUGGUGCUGCGUCUGCUGAUAAAAGUACGGGUAAUUUUAAGUGGGUGGAAAAUAAUUCGGCAGCCUCCACGGAGGCACCUGCUGCCCAAGAAACAACGGCAGCCACUGCUGAAGCUGCCUCGGCUGAGGAGACCACAACUGCCGCCACUGCAUAAUUUCUCCUGAUCUAUACUGGACAUGUGCGUGUUUACGAAUACCAAAGAUUACAUUCCGUUACUACAAUAUGAGUAGUGCCUUCUGACUACACAAGAAAAGCUACUCUGUGCUGUUUACUGUGUAGUGAAAAACUGCCAUAAUUAUGUGGGUUGAGUUUUCAGUAUUGAUAUGCAAUGAGCACCAAGGGCAUAAUUACUUUUGCUGUCAUGGAGCAUGAACCUUGACCUCUCAGCUGGGAGAAUGAAACGGUUUGCACCUUAUGCAACUAGGUUCUUGUGAUUCUAAGUCUUACACAGGGUAUGAUGAUUAUGAUGCCGACAAUAAAUUAACAAC